AUGGCUACCUGUGUGCUGUGUCGCUCAAGCCCGAGGCUACGCUACCUUCCAGGUUUGAAAAAGGGUUUUGCUCAAUGUGUUCUUGGCAAACUUGACAUUGAGCUAGAUGAGCAGGACAAAACGGUGGAUGUACUGCGACACCUGGAUGCCUCAAUCCAUGGAUGCUACAGGCUUCAUUACAGCCCAUCCUUAUAUUAUCACCCUGAAAGAAAAUCUUUCCUCUCCCAGAGUCAAGGUGAUCUCAGUGAUGAAGAACCGUGUCUCACCACUGUAGCUCCUUCCUUCUGGCAGCAGAGCAAUCGCUACAGCGUGAGCUCCUCGCGGCAUCUUUCCAGCUCCAAAAACACUCUGCUUGAUUUGGCCUUCAACAAAAGCUCUGAGUCCAAAACACCAGAGGUUCCCCACCAAAGAAUAUCUACGUUACCUGAUGUUAGGGUUGACACUCGCGCCUUUCUCAAAUGUCGGCCCAGUUAUUCAUCUUUUAGCCUGGAUCUCACUCAACGACCUCCACCCAUCAAAUGGGAACAGGUGGUGCAGUUACUCCAGAAAGUGACCAUUCUUAAAGGCAGUGUGAAGCCAUCGGAAUUAUCUAAUUUGUUUGUGGGACUCAGCCACAUUGACUCUGACAAGGUGUUGUUAGUGAAGACUGACCAACGCUUCAUCAUGCUGCUUCGGUAUUCCGUGGAGAACCUUUGCCACUUUUCUCUAUUUGAGCUCCUAGAUGUCCUUAAGUCAUUUGUUUGGCUGGAAAUGCCACACAGCCAUACGGUCCUCAGGCUAUACGAGGCCGAACUGAGUCACCGUGCCAACGAGAUGACUUUAGAGCAGUUGCUGCUCGCGGCCGACCUGUGGCGCUGUAUCGGCAGGAAGGUGCCUCAAUUCUUAAAGCGUCUUUUUGACUUUGUCAGUUUGUAUCAUGGCCAAGUAGGACUUGCCGAGCUGGUCCAGCUGCUAUACAUCAUGGGAGAAGGGAGGCAGUGCCCCAAAGUACUGAUACAACCCAUAGAGCAGUUACUUAUGCGACACUUACAACAACUACAGCCUGAGGAGGUUGGCACCGUCUGUCUGGGUCUCUUCAAAUCUCAAACAUCCCUUUCUGAGAUGGCGGUGAAUCGCCUUGUCGAUAAGGCGCACUCUGUCGUCGUGUGCAUGAGUGACUUUGCCAUGGUCAAUGUACUGAAAUAUCUGCGUUUCAGCUACAUGUCUCACAAGUCUUGGAUGGAAGCCAUGACAUGCGAGGUGCCGCAGCGAGCUCACCGGAUGGGCAUCAAGGGGCUCAUGCACGUGGCGCUGGCGUGUUCGGCACUCCAUUACAAGAACGAUCGCAUCCUUGUUGCCAUUGCCGAGAAAAUUCCAUCACUGGUGCCGCACUGUCGGAGUAAAGACUCAUGCAAGCUGUUGUGGGCCUUCGGCACCUUAGGGUUCCUUCCUUCUCGGAAUCAAAGCUUUUACCUGAGUCUUACCGAGGCACUUCGACAAAGAAAAGCUGAAUUCAAUCGAUACCCAGAACAUCUGCUUACCGGUCUUCUGGGCCUGGCCUUUGUCUCACAGUUCCCAGAGGACUUGAUCGAGUUAGCCUUGAGUCCAGACUUUGUUAGCUUAGCGCUGAAGUCGACACAGCUGGAGCUGAAAAAGGACUUGUUCACCUUGGAUGGAGUUGUAGCUCUGGAGUUGCCACAGUGGACCGGUUCCCGGUUGAGUGGUGAACUGAAAGAAGAAGUCAAAGAAAUGUUGUGGGACUUUGUCCAGUCGGAUGUGUGCCAGAAGUUGGAAGUGAAAGAGGCGGAGGCAGCACUGCAACAAUUGCUGGGAGGUGAUAAGUUUGUGUGUAAACGAAUGAUCCUGCCACACAUGCGAUCCAUUGACUUGGAAGUGCAUCUGGAUGCUAGUGGUCAGCCGUUACCUGUCAACCCGGAAUCUCAAACGACAAUUAAGAGCAGUUCCUCGAAAAUUGCUUCAAAGCAAGCUUUAGGGACGAUGAACCUAGGAGUGAGUGUGACGGAUGAUCUCAUAGCACAGCUUAAAAAUGCUAAGAGUCACCCAGUUCCGAAAAGCUCCCCUUCUGCAGUUCCGUCCCCAUCCCUAGUGGAGCCCGAUGCCGGAGAAAUUUUAUUUAACCAUGGACUUAAACUGACGACCGCCAUCACAGAAAUCCUCACAGCUCCCAGCAGUCAAAGGUCUGUCCAUUGUGACAACAUUGUUAAAAUAGCCAUCCAGUUGCCUGGCAGGAACCAUUAUUGCCAACAGUCACAGCAGCUAUUGGGCCUUCAUGCAAUGAAGAGGAGGCAAUUGAGGUUGGCAGGUUACAAGGUUGUAGAGCUUCCCUAUCAAGAGUGGAUUCCCAUGUUGAAAAAAAGCAGGACUGAGAAGUUAGCUUACCUUCACUGCAAGGUGUACAACAGCCUGGAAGAUCAAAAUGAAUAA